AGGUUGACGUUUCGCCUGACGUUAUGUUAGUCAUUUUGCAUUUGUUGAUGUGUUGAACCGUACUACUUCUUCAUCAGGAAAAGCCAAGAUAUCCAGAGGAUUACCUUUGCUUCGCUUGGCGAAAUGUUACUCUGAAGAAUUCUGAACUACGGCGCGCAUAGAGAAUGGACAAGUACACCGUGGACUUGGACCAGGUGCUCAACGACUUUGAGUACAGCGAGCUUACCACCGAGCAGGCGCCUCCACCACCGGUGCCCCGGGUUCCGCAGAAAAACUACAGCAGCACCAAGCAUUCCAUCAAUAAUGUGUUCAGCAGCCUGAAUGAUUACCUCGCGACGGAAAUCAACGAGAAUAUUGUCCAGUAUAACAACGUCGACAAUAAAUAUGAAAGUCGGACGGAUGCGCAUGCGAGCGAGAGCACCGCAGCAGGAAAUAUCGUAGAGUAUCCAUCUAUAAGCAACUUAUACGCCGCUGCGAGUCCUGUUUAUCCGCAAGAUGUCAAAGAUAUCACGCUGGAUACUCCUGCGGUCGUGCAGAUGACGCCGGUGAAGGAAAAACCACUGGAAAGUUUAAUAGCGCAGCCGAUUUUAUUGAAAAUAGAAGAUUCGCAAGUCGUUGAUGACACAUGGCAAGAAAAACUUGAGGAAAUUGUCACUGCAAGUGAAAAUAAUCAACUUUUAGAUUUAGAUAAUUAUAUUAAUGCUGAGGAGGGUGAUAAUCAUGAAGAAUACUCUGCAGAAGUAAAAUUAGAAGAAGUAAAUGGAUGUAAUCAACCAGAAGAAGCUGAAAACACUUCAGAAAUACCUGAAGAUGACAAGUUGACACAAGAAGAAGAAGUGGAAGUGGAAGAAGUGUUCGCCUCGCCUUCCAUUGAAGAAAAACCCGCGUUCGUUGAGCCACCAGCCGAAGUUGUGGAGGAAAACGUUGAAAUUAUCGAGAUUGACAUCAACUCAAACUCGAAUCUAGAUUCUAUGACUGAAACGUACUGUGAUAAAAUAGGUUUCCACAUUGAGGUGGCCGACGAGGAGGCGGCGAAAUACCUGGCUGAUCUAGAAGACGGAGAAGAUGAAGAAGAAGAAGAGAGUUUUCAUGAUGCGACUGUUACGGUUAGUCCUGUCGAUGUUGUCGUUGUUACACCUGUAGAUAUAAAAGAAAAUGUUGAAGAAGAUAAGAAUGAAGUUGUUUGUGAGGUUGGCAUGGAGACCCAACGGCCCAAUAGUUUGAAUAUCAAAGAAGACGCGGUUAAUUUAAUAGGAAAUCCUGGUUCAACUCCGUAUAAUAAUGUCUACGUGAGUAAAGAAAUGCCGCAGUCUGCUGUGGAAGCACAAUAUGAGUCUGGAUCGUCUGUUUCUGUGUCCCCGACGUUUUCGGAAGCCUCUACUGAUUCUGUGCAUUCAGUAGAACAAACAACAUUACCGCAGGAAACAGUUACACAGGAUAAUGCUGUAGUUGCAGAGGAAAACCCAGCCUCUGUUCAUUUAAAUGAAGAAAAUGUUGAUGAUCAAGAACAGAAUGAGACAUCUGCUCAUCAGUUGAUGUCAGAAGAAGACUGUAUUAAUCAUGAUGCGGGGCCUGAGGUUGCCCCAGCCGAAGCAAACGCUAAUUCUAAUUCUAUUUUGGAACCUGUUGAGGACUUGCAUGCGCAUGCGCAUGAACAUGAAGAUGCAGCGUGGUUGGGUAAACGCGCACCUAUCUGGACACCGGACGCAGACGCGCUGAAUUGCCAGCACUGCGAGUUCAAAUUCACAGUCAUCAAACGCCGGCAUCACUGCCGUGCAUGCGGCCUAGUCCUCUGCUCCAAGUGUUGCGGCAUGAAACACAAGUUGGAGUAUCUAGGCGCAGAGGCACGUGUAUGCACCAGGUGUCAUGAAGCACUCGCAAGGGAAACAGACAGCGGUAGUGGUGACUCGCAACAUUCGACACCACGACGCGAUAAUGACAUUACAGGCGAUGCUGCGGCUGCUGCAGGUCAGCCUAAUCCGAAUAAUCCGAUGGAGUAUUGCAGUGUGGUCCCGCCGCAUGAACAAGUACGUGCUGGUGGAAGUACCCCAAGUGUAAUGGUACCUGUAGGUGUUCUCAAACGUAAAGGCUCGAAUAAAAAGCACAACAAGAGUGUAAUGUUCUGCGAUGGCAUUCGUCCAGGCAGCGACCUCACCAACCUAGACCAGGAUUUCAACUACAACGACAGUCGCAAAUCCACAUCGGGUGUUGCAGUCAAGAAAGCAAGUUCCCAACCCGCGCAGCAAAUUAAACUCAACAAGAAUCUCCCCAUGGUGGACCCUGUCACACAAUCAUUCAUACCAGAGAAUGAGAAUUGCCUGCCACCUACGGUCACUACUUAUAAAUCAGAUAUCACGUAUACAGAGUGUGGUAAUAACGCCAAUGUGGUGGAAAUGCUAAAAAACGAAACGCUCACGUUUGCGGUGCAGCGCAAUCUGCACAUCCACGUACGACUCAUUCUCAUGGAUUGCUGCGUUAAUAAACAAGCAUGGUGUUUCUCCACGGAAGGAUUGAUUGCUGUCGGACAAGAUGAGAUUGUUAUCCUGUUGGAAUAUGCUGAGGGCGAGGCACAGGUGCCUAAAGAUGUGUUUCAUCAUCUGAAUAAUAUCUAUAAUUCAGCUGUGAAGGGCACGACUGUAACCGAGUUGGGCUUGAGCAUUCAUCCGACUACGAACUUUUUGGAUUCGCGCAAUCAUGCGGGGUUUAUUUUCGUACGGCCGACAUUUCAAUGCUUGCAGAAUGUUAUCGUACCGAAGGAGCCGUAUCUUGUGGGUGUCCUGGUACACCGCUGGGAGACACCAUGGGCGAGAAUCUUUCCGCUGCGAUUAGUUUUACGGCUGGGUGCUGAGUAUCGAUAUUAUCCAGCGCCGUUGAUAUCAACACGACAUCGUGAUUCGGUUUUUGUUGAGAUAGGCCACACAAUCAUCAACUUACUCGCUGAUUUUCGUAAUUUCUCGUAUACGCUACCCAAUAUUCGCGGGUUGACUAUUCACAUGGAGGAGAAAAGCACGACUGUAUCGAUUCCCGUGAAUAGAUAUGAUCAAGUGAUGAAGUCGAUGAGUAAUUCCAGCGAGCAUAUUUUGGCUUUCGGUGGGAAUUUCUCGUCGGAAGCAGACUCGCAUCUUGUGUGCAUACAAGACACUCAAGGGAGCGAUGAGAAUAACUAUAAGACACAUGCGAUUAAUAUACAAAACAAACCAAGAAAAGUUACUGGUGCUAGUUUUAUCGUGUUCAACGGCGCGUUGAAGUCUUCUAGUGGUCUUACUGCAAAGUCUAGUAUCGUAGAAGACGGGCUGAUGAUCCAGAUACCUCCGGAGCACAUGGUGAAGGUGCGUGAAAGUCUGCGCAACAUGAAGAACCACAGUAUUCAAUGUGGCUGCGUGAAUGUCGCCUCUGACGAGACUGUAAACAUUGUAUGGAGUGAAGCAGAUGUUAAUUUUAAUCUAGGGGUUAAAUCUUCAGUUGAUGGUCAAUCGUUAAGUGGUGUACCAUCGAUUCGGGUCCACAAUGGCAAAGACUACACGUGCAAUUCCGGCGCUCGUCUUGUACGCUGGACAGAAGUAUUCCUCCUCCAGAGCGGCGAAGAAAACGCCCGCACACAGGACCCUGUCGAUAUCUCCAAGGUCGCCGAGAGUAUCUCGAAGGCGACGUGUCAGGCGCUCGUCAAGUACCUAGAUUUACUCGCUACGAAUAGCUUUAUGAAGAUUGGCAUCCGCACCACGCUGCAUGUGGACGACGUGAGCUACGCCGCGGGUAGUAACGGGCAGAAACUGCCGCCGAUCUAUAUGAAAUCGUUGGAUAAUGAGUUGGUACCGGUGCUGCACCGUAUCACCUCGUCGGGCAACGUUGGCGACGGCACGAUUGUGCUCGAGCUGAUCUUUCGCAUCCUGAAUGUCUAGCGCGGGCACACACGGUAAAUGCUUACACUCUAGGCCGCGAACACGUCAAGUUACAAAAACGACACUAAUCGCAAUUUUGAAACGUAGGCCAAAAAUUACUUGACUUGAUGAUAAUAAUUAGAUAUUUAUCUUUUAUAAACACAUAGAUUUAUUAUAGAAGGUAACUGAGGACAGUCACAUCGAUUUUAACACUUGAACGCGUCUAGGUAUUUGACUCGCUAAUAUAUUGUAUGAUUAACUUCUAAUAGUGAAUGCAAUUAUCAAAAAGAUUAAACUAUUUCCAACUGCA